GGCCGUGCGUGGUACGUGCCCCGCCCCUCCCCGCCCGGAGCCCGGAUGAAGAGUAACGCCAUUACCGCCGGAGCCGCCGAGAGCCCUUGCGGACGGGGACCGGACGCCGGAGUGGCCGCGCCAUGAACUCCCUCCCCCGCCUGCUGCUGCUUCUCCUGCUGGUGUUCCCCGCCACUCUCUUGCUCCGAGGCCGCCCUGGAGGCUCAUUGGCAGCGGCUCAAGAUCUUACAGAAGAUGAAGAAACGGUGGAAGAUUCUGUAAUUGAAGAUGAAGAUGAUGAAGCAGAAGUGGAAGAAGAUGAACCCACAGAUUUGGCUGAAGAUAAAGAGGAAGAAGAUGUAUCUGGUGAACCUGAAGCUUCACCAAGUGCAGAUACAACCAUCCUGUUUGUGAAAGGAGAAGAUUUUCCAGCAAAUAACAUUGUGAAGUUCCUGGUAGGCUUUACAAACAAGGGUACAGAAGAUUUUAUUGUUGAAUCUCUAGACGCCUCAUUCCGUUAUCCUCAGGACUACCAGUUUUAUAUCCAGAAUUUCACAGCUCUUCCUCUGAAUACUGUAGUGCCACCCCAGAGACAGGCAACUUUUGAGUACUCCUUCAUUCCUGCAGAGCCCAUGGGUGGACGGCCCUUUGGUCUAGUCAUCAAUCUGAACUACAAAGAUUUGAACGGCAAUGUUUUCCAAGAUGCUGUCUUCAAUCAAACAGUUACAAUUAUUGAGAGAGAAGAUGGGCUAGAUGGAGAAACAAUCUUCAUGUAUAUGUUCCUUGCUGGUCUUGGGCUUUUGGUGGUGGUUGGCCUUCAUCAACUCCUAGAAUCUAGAAAGCGCAAGAGACCCAUACAGAAGGUAGAGACGGGUACCUCGAGUCAGAGUGAUGUUGACAUGAGCUGGAUUCCUCAGGAAACUUUGAAUCAGAUCAAUAAAGCUUCACCAAGAAGGUUGCCCAGGAAACGGGCACAGAAGAGAUCGGUGGGAUCUGAUGAGUAAAUGUUCUUUGUGCAACAAUUCGGUCUUUACUUAACCCGCCCUAAUGUUUUUCGGCCUGAUGGGAAUUAGUGCAGAGAAGCUAUAUCACCAUAGAAGGCAACUACCACUUAAUGUGUGGACUGAGCAAUCAGAGUCUGUGGCGGUAACAUUGCUGAAAAUGCACUGCAUUUAUUUUUCUAAAGUAACAAAUUUGGUUUUUUUUAAAACCAUUAAAAUCUAUGUGAGUGUGUGUGUGUAUGUAUGUGAGCAGUUGGUCUUACCAGAAUCAUUGUUGAACUAUCUGAAGCAUGCCUUUAGAAUACUGAAUAUAAUGCUAUUGUCUCUUCCUUUUGGACAUUUUCUGACAUUUUCCCCCAAAACUCAGCAUUUGCCCUGUAUGACUGUAGAUGUCCUGCCUUGGACUGUUUUUAAAGAAAACAACGUUUCUUCUUUAGAAUAGCGCAAAUCCCGCUUGAUGGCACAAAUUUGUAUGUUGUUGCUGUUUUACAACUAGUAUUCUAAAGGCACGAGCAGGCGUAGCUGCUUUUUAGCAGUAGAACUGUUUUGGUAUUUUGCUGCUGUUUACUAUAAUGCGCACCUUCCGAAACCUUCCCAAAUAAGUUCAAGGAAUUUGGGGAUCUCUAGCACCAAAAUUGUGAAACAUGAAAAUUCUGGUUUUGAUACAUAAAACCAACUUCACUCUCUUUUUUUAAAAGAAAAAAGGUACAUAUGUGGAAACUGAGUUGUCCACUGUUCUAUUUCUGACCCAAGAGAUAGCUCUGGGAUGAUUUUUAGACCACUCUGUUUUGUUUUUUUAAGAGAGCAUUUUCCUCUCCUUAAUAGAAGCAUCUUGCUUAAGAAAAGUUGCCUUGGUCUACAGACUAAGCAAAAUUCCAACUAAUCCUAACCUGUUAAAGAGUUGAUAGAUAAUUUUUAAUGGUUAACCAAUUGUUUUUUAUCUAAUCUUUCUUUGGGGUAUUUUGGUUGUUGAUUUUUUUUUUUCCAAAAGUUAAUCUGAAGAACUCCAAAAUUUUAAGCACUUAAGGUAUCAGAACCAAAAUUAAUUGGGCUUCAUAAAAUCCCUCUUAGUUGCCCUUGCCCUAGGUAGUAAAUUAAGUUUGGCGUUAUUGUCAGGCUGGAUAAGCAGCAGAGUAAAACAGUAUGAACACAUCCGAGGCUUUUCCCUCUGUCUUCAAGUCAAGUCAUAUUCUCCCACGAAAUUUUGUAAGGAAAUGGUAAGUGAAAUUUUAGUAGCUGUUUGUUUAAUUCCUGAUCUGUCUUCAUUAUAAUGAACUGACCCCUCUUUACUAUAAUCCCCACCUGCACCCGUGCCCACACAAAAAAACAACGAAACAACACAAAUGAGAAACCUUUCCAAGUUGCUUAAGUCCUUAAACAUCUGAGCCAAAGACAAUGACGAUAAAACAAGUUACUGUAAAGCUGUUAACCGCUUUGCAAGUAGGGCUAAGGUGUCAAAUUAACUAUAUUGGCAGUGCUGAGCUAUAAACUUUCUAUACCUGUAAUAUAAAGUGUUUGAGUUUUUAAUUGGGCUGUAUGAUCAGUAGUUUAGUUUGGAAAGCUCUGUGAGCUCUAAGAAACCGCAUGGUUUUUAUUUGAUGUAAUAUAGGAGACCCUCCACCUUCUCAAGGAAUAUUGAUAUAUUUCAAAACAUUUUUGUGAAUGUCCAAAUUUGUGAAAUUACUAGGACAUAAUGAAGUAAGGUGUAAUCAAAAAAUUUAAAUGACCUCUACAGAGCAUUUUACUGAAUUCCUGGUGAUACUUAGGCAAUGGCAAAGCCACGCUGAGUUACAAGUGCCAGGCCUUCUGACUCCUGAGUAAUCUGCCUUAUAUGUAUUAGACCUUCCAUAUCUGAGGUUCAAAUUAGCGCACGGAAAUUAUGUCAUAUUUUAUUUUUUAGCAUAGAUUGGGAACACUUAAAUUUUGAAGUCCUCAGAUGCCAGGGGUCUCUGUAGUGUCAGUGUUUAACAGAAACUAACUCCAUAAUGAAUGGAAUUCAAUUCCACACAUGGUUUGUUCAAGCACACUUACUUAAUAAGUAGCCUGUUUUUUAAAUGUCUUUUUUAAAUGUAAAUAUUUGAAGUUUUUGUUUGUUUUGAUAUAUUAAUUUGCUACACCAACCAUGGUUUCAGAAUUCAUCUUUUGAACAACUUGGUUCCAGAGUCUGUAAAAUGAACUGAGAAUCUUGUGUAUUAAGCCUGUCACUGGGACGUGUGAGAAUAAUGUGUUCAUAAAGCAUGGAUCUCA